AUGAGGUUUGAUGCUGAGCUGGGGGUGCCGUCUGUUUUCAAGGGACAACCCCGGGAAGAGCUCGAUGAUAUGUGGGACUCUCCGGUUGACCAACCAAUGAUCUUGGUGAACAACGAAACACUUCAGGCGUUCGACCCAACAUCCAAGCCUACGAAAAGCGCAAAUGGGCACUACUACGCCCCGGUGGAGGUUUUUUCAUCAGCUCCACUGCUUGAAUAUAUCACCCGAAAGUUCAUUUGGAGAAAUCACUAUCAGCAUGUCGAUACUUUCCAGGAUCCGCUUGAAAUAACCUGGGAACAUGUUGAUCGCUGCAUCGAGCUUCUUCACCAGGUGCUCAUGUGCCAUGCCGAUACUGGCCUUAUCUUCUACACAGACCACGGGGAUGCCCAGCCUGAGGCAGGUGUAUCUACAGUUCACAUGUGUCGUAAUUUCUCUCGUAUUGUCAAUGGGGUCAACGAGCACGACUCCUUGCUCGAGAUAUUUGCUGAGAUUCUUUGAGGGCCAGGUGAUCGGGGGAACAUGUAGAUAAUUAGGUACUGUUAGAAACUGCUUAAC